CCGAAACAAGGGGAACAGUUUUUCACAGGAGGACAUAAUUUCGCACAGGACCGGAAGUCCUCUCAGUCAUAACACCAGUCGCUCACUUUGGUCAACAUGGCUGCACCAAAAAUAGACAAUAGCAAGUAUUUUGUAAGAGAAAUUGAAAAGAAUGACGGAUGCGUCUUAAGAAUGAAACAGUGCUACAUAGGGGACGUUGGUUGUGUCGUCUGGGAUGCAGCCAUUGUUCUCGCUAAAUAUUUAGAAACUAAAACGUUUUAUGACCCGUCGGCAGGAGUCAACAUGUGGUGUGGCAGGACUGUGGUGGAAUUAGGUGCUGGGACAGGAGUAGUUGGUCUGAUGGCAGCAACACUCGGUGCUCAUGUCAUAGUAACAGACCUGGAAGAUUUGCAGUCCCUCCUGAAUGUGAAUAUUCAGGAAAACCAGACACUCAUUCAGAGUGGGUCCAUAUCUGCCAAGGUACUGAAAUGGGGUGAAGAUGUGUCUGAACUAUUGCCUCCUCCACAUUACAUUAUCAUGGCAGAUUGCAUAUAUUAUGAGCAGUCCAUAGGACCACUGGUGGAGACACUGAAGCAGCUUUCUGGACCAGAGACCUCCAUUAUCUGCUGCUAUGAGCAACGCACCGAGGGCGUUAAUCCAGAAGUGGAAAAUAAGUUUUUUGAGUUGCUGCAACGAAAUUUCACCCGUGAAACAAUCCCUUCUGACAAACAGGACCCAGAGUUCAGCAGUCCCGACAUCCAUAUUCUGCACAUUCGAAGAAAAGACUGAUCUUAUAGCAUGCAAUUUGUUUUUCUACUAAGAUUUAUAUCAUUGUGAGAAAGAUUUCAGACUGUGGCAUUUACAAAAAUCUUAAAUAAUCAUUUGUAUUUCUUAAAAAUACUUUACAUUUCAAAACGGGAAGUUUUUAGGGUAUAAAACUAAAAUUCUCUGGAACACUUAUCUCAGCCUCUUCUCGAUUACUCACUUGCUGGCAACAGGAAGAGGAAGUUAGUAAAACAGACCCUUACCCAUUAUGAACACUGGGGGGCGACAAAUACUCAACUCCAUGAACCAAGAUUAUGUAGUGUAAAACUUUGUGUUCACUUAAAUAUAAACAGUUUCCUUCAUCUGCACAUAAAUAAUUUCAUUAAUAUGCUGCAUUAAGUAAGUAAAAAACUUACAAUUAAACCAUUUAAGGUUAAAUUGCAUGGUUUUGUAAAGAAAAGUGAACACUACUGGGUUUUGCCCCCAUAUGAGGAAUUUUAUUCAGAGCUCCAGAUUAAGAAGAUUAUAGCUCUUAUUCAACCAUGAAGCAUGCCCACCACGCUCUCACAGACACAGAGGGCCUCUGACAGCAUUUCUUGCUUUGUUUACACAGUAGGAACUGUAGCAUAAAGAGCAUGGGUGGCCUUUAGUACUCUGGCUAAAUGAAACAAUGCAGAUGGUCAAGGGAAGUUUAAAAGUCUGAUAAAAUACAUUAAUUGCUUUGUAAAAAAAAAAAAAUUACAGCCUUGCUUGAGACACAGUUAAAAUGAAUUGGUUUUAUCAGUAAGAAGGCAAAUUUUUAGUAAGUUUAAGUAAUUCAGUCCAAACAAUGAAACGGGUAUAGAUUCUUUACACCUAAUUUAUUCCAAGCAUGUUCUGUUAAUUUUCUAUGUUUAAUUUUUUUUUUUUUUACAGCUAAUCUAAAUUUAAAGUUCAGUUCCUCUGAAAAUUACAGUAUUAUCUUAGACCAAUUAACACACAAUUGAUUUACUGUGAUUUAUGCAACCAAUGGAAAGACUGCUGACUUGACUGCUGCAGACAGUUAUUGACAGGCUUUACAACAGAGGUAAGCUUCCAAUUCAAUGAAAAGUUGAGUAGAAGGAAAAUGCAUUUCUGAACAUAGUAAACAACUUAUGGGCAUCUCCUACAAACAAGACUGGAGUCAAUGUUUCAGUUGAUAAACUAAGAAGAAGAAGAACUGGACUGC